UAUGUGCUCCUACUUAUCUCUGAAAAGUUUUUAACAGCAGUUAGCUUUUGUAAUAUACUCUAAAAACACCUUUCACUUUGCACUCUAAUAAUGUGCCAGCUUAGAGCUGCUUCUCUAAAAGUUUUUCCUAUUUCCCUUAACUAUGGCUGGCCAGCGCACAGGAGCAUCUUUGCAGUGAUGGUGCGUUCCUUGCUCUGUUUUCUCUCCUGAGGAUCCCUGACAAUUCCUGAUGCCAUCACAUGAGCCAGAGCAUCCCAAUGGGCAGCCUUUAUGUGCUGCUUUUUGUACUUCAUCCAGCAGUGAAGUGAUGGUUUUGAUUUGGAUUCAAGUACCGACAGAGUGCCGACCCUCUCUCUAAACGGAGACUCUGAGAAGCAGAUAGACUUUUCCAAAAUGUGUGAUUCAAAUCAAGAAUAUUAUUUGAAGCUGGAAGAGUUGAAGAAUGCCCACUUGGAGACCAUGGCAAAAUUAGAAAGUAUGUAUCGGAAUAAACUGUAUUUAAAAGGAGUACAACCCCCGGACAAGAAGAAUGCCACUUCUAACACGUGGUGUAGGCCAACAUGGGAGAAGAGCUCAUACCAGCCUCUAAAUUUGCACAAAUCCUUUUCGGACUCUGACUUAAGCGAUCCCUUAGGCUCAAGUAUAUCUGAUGGGUCUGAGAGAGAAUUAGCGUUUGAAGAAAAUGGUAGUGAAACUGGAUCAUCUGCAUUUGCUAAGGAACGGAUUGAAAAAAUGUGGGAUGGGUUCUCUGUGGAAGACUACAUCUCCCGCACCAAACACAGCUUACCAAGCUCACCAGCCUUCAGAGUGAUACGGAAGAAACAGAAAGCGUGGUCACCAAAAGUUACUGUGCCCAAGCCUUUCCAGAUGACAAUUAGAGAAGCUAGAAAAAAAGAACAGAAUGUCAAAUCAAAGUCACAGAUUGAAAUGGAAAAUAACUUACUGAGGAAGCAACUAGAGGAGGAAGCAGAGUGCCAGAAAAAAUUCCGAGCCAAUCCAGUGCCCGCUGCCAUCUUCCUACCGCUCUACCAUGAAAUCAUGCAACGAAACGAAGAACGCAGGAGGUCUGUGAGAGAGAGAAGCCAACGCAAGCUCUUGGCUUCUCAGAAGCCAUUUAAAUUCAUUGAACGAGAGAAGCAGAGGAAUGAAAUUAGGAAAAUGCAGUUAAGAGACCUUUCCACACCUGAAAAGAAAACAAAACUGUUCAAAGCAAAACCAGUUCCCAAAUGCAUUUAUAGUCCAGCUGUUAAUGACAAGCUAAAGGAGGAAGAGCUCUACAGAGAAAUCAGGAUCAGAAUGAGAGCUGAAGAGUUGCUACGUAAUUCAUCUCUCCCCAACAGCAGACUGGCUUUAAAAGCUACCAAUAAAAAAAAGAAACACAAGUGCAUUGAACCAAAGGAAACAGAACAUAAACCCAGGAUCAAAUCAAAUGUCCCAGAUUUUGAACUACUACACCAGAAAUUUCAGAAACGGCUCCUGCAACAAAAAAAAGUGAAACACCUUACAGUCUGUGAACCGUUCGAUCUUCGUACUCCAUGUAUUCCCUCAAACAAGGGGAAGAUUUUGAAGGACAUUCAAGAGGAUGAAGAAAAGUUGAAGGAAACACGCUGGCCAUAUGCCUCUCCAAGACGUAAACCUCCAAUGAGACAUGCAAGUGUAAAUUUGCAUCUCUCAGGAUUUGGAGAAUCUAAAUCGCCAAAAAUCACAGAAUCCACAAGACGACGGCUACAAGCCAUAAGGAAUUCACUUGAGGAAAAGAGAAAGUUGGAAGAACAACAGAAAAGGAACAGAACAAAGCAGAAACAAAGAACGAAAAAGCUCCAGAAAAUUGUAACAACUCGGGCUGAGGCCAAUGACCCACAUCAGAGCCUAGCUCAGGUGUCUAAAUCCAAAUUAAAAACAUUCAGGAAUUACGAGAAGCAGAGAAUGCAAGAAUAUCUGCAAGAGUUGCAAGAAAUAGAAGAAAGAGUAAAUCAAAGGCCAUUGCUUUUUGAAAGAGUUACUCAGAAAAAUGCCAGAAUAGCUGCAGAAAAGCAUUAUUCUAACAGACUGAGAGCCCUGGGGAUAUGCCCAGAGUUUAUUUCAAAGAAAGGAAAAACAACUAAAUUGCUACAGUGCUACAGUGCUGAAGAUUCUAGUCACUCCACUGAUGCCAGAGAAAGAGUCAUGAAGGAUAAAGUGAAAGAAAGGGAAUCCUUUGAGGAAGCAGCGGACAGCAGUCCUCGGUUUGAGCAGUCCUGUGAGGAGGAAGAGGAGGGAGAGAAGGGAAAAGGUGUCAAAGCCUGCACCGAGGACAGCCAGUCCAGUGAACUGGAGGCUGAGGGAAGAGCCAGCCCUUUCGCUUAUCAUCAGCCUCAUCACACAGAGGAGUCUGGCUCCAGCCCCCCCUCUGGACAGCACUCUGAAGAGGAGGAGGAGAAGGAAGAGGAAGCAAAGACAGGCCUGUCACCUGGCCAUUCCCAGGAAGAGGAGGACGAUCAGCCAAGACCUAGCUCUCAGUCUGACCAGUCUCAUGAGCGUGAAGAGGAAGGUCAGUCUGACCCUGAAGCUGAGGGUGCCUUCCGAUACGAGGAUGAGGAAUAUGACAGUGAUGAUUCAGAAGAGAAACCCAGCAGUGAUGAAGCCAAGUGAAAGGAAGGCAGACAGGAUAGCCCGGUGCUCAGGAACCUAUUUCAUUGCUGGAAGUGAAAUAGAUGCCAGAUAAAAACUUGGUGCUUUGCUACAGAUACAAAAUUCUGUGAAUUUAAACCUCUUAGCUGAACAGUCUUUCCAGUGCAGAAAUUUUGUCUAUUUUCCAGUAACAAAGAUCAAGCUACUAAUUUCCACCAAGAAAAGAAUUUACUUUAAUCUUUAUUCUAGGUUUCUGUGACAUUAGUGCACCUCUGUCCAUAAAAUGAACUGCAACCACUGUUAAAUAAUAACGUCUUGCAUGCUGCAUU